GGAAGCGUUGGGACGUAGGCCGCUUUCUAUGGCUUUUAGGCGUUCGGGGCCUAACAGCGUAACGGUGUUGGAUCUGGCAUAAAAGUAAGGCGGGCUCUGCCCUGUGCUCCAACAGGCCUUGUUUGCAGUGCUAGAGUGAGGGAUGAGGGUGAAGAUAUGGAGCAGAUGGCACAAGAUGAGCUGUGACAAUCAUUCCAGUGAACAAGAUAAUAUUUUUCCUUCUGAGAGCUGGCUACAGGAUUCUGAGUUCCUCCUGCAGCACCGUUGUACUCACUGCCUUUUCCUAGGAUGGGCCAUGGAGUUACGCUCCUCUUUUCACUGUAGCUACUAAUGAAGUUACUUGCUUCAUCAGAGGAAAUGCAGAUCCAUGAAAUUACAUUUUGUGCAAGUUGUUGUUAACUCUGUUGGCAAUGUCUAUGAUUUUAUCUGCCUCUGUGGUCCGUGUGAGGGAUGGACUCCCACUGUCUGCAUCUACCGACUAUGAUCAAAGCACAGGAGUGCAAGAAUGUAGAAAAUACUUCAAAAUGCUCUCAAAGAAACUUUCUCAGCUUCCUGAUAGAUGUACUCUGAAAACUGGACAGUACAACAUAAACUUUAUCAGUUCUCUGGGAGUAAGUUACAUGAUGCUGUGCACUGAAAACUAUCCCAGUGUUUUGGCUUUCUGCUUCCUGGAUGAGCUUCAGAAAGAGUUCAUCACUACCUACAAUAUGAUGAAGACAAAUACUGCUGUCAGACCAUACUGUUUUAUAGAGUUUGAUAAUUUCAUUCAGAGGACCAAACAGAGAUACAACAACACGCGUUCUUUAUCAACGAAGAUGAACCUUGCUGACAUGCAGACAGAAAUCAAACUGAGGCCGCCUUAUCAAAUUUCCCUGUCAGAACUUGAUUCGGCUAAUGGCUUUGCACAUUUAUCUGCAGCAGAAUAUAGGGGUACCGGUAAGAUAUCUGCAGCUCCUCACCAACGUCUGGAUCCUGUGACUCUGCCUGGGAUUGUCUCAUUUGUCCUCAGUCUCUUGUGCGGAGCUUUGAAUUUAAUUCGUGGCUUUCAUGCCAUAGAAAGUCUUUUACAGAAUGAAGGAGAAGAUUUCAGCUACGUUAUUGCGUUUUUUCUUGGAACAGCAGCCUGUUUGUACCAGUGUUACCUGUUCGUAUAUUACACAGGCUGGAGGAAUGCCAAAUCCUUCCUGACUUUUGGCUUAAUUUGCCUGUGUAACAUGUACCUGUAUGAACUGCGCAACCUGUGGCAGCUCUUCUUUCAUGUGACUGUGGGAGCAUUUUCAACGUUGCAAAUUCGACUGCGACGGCCACAGGGGAAGUCCCCAGAUUACAAUGUCUGACAAGUCCCGGAACACUUAGAGGCAGUCUUGUUCCAACAGAUAUUCACUCUCAGGAAUGUAAAGCUGUUCUCCAAAAGAAGAAGCUGUCUGGAUGGCGCUUUUUGGUUUUGUUCCUUUUUGUUUUUUAAAAUAAAGCAAUGUAAGAUGCCUGCAGACGUUUUUCACUUGCUGGUUAAAAAACCUUUUCUUUUAAAGGAACAGCAGAGGACACAAAUGAACACAGAACUAGGGGAGAGAAAUGGGUCAGAUUGUGUAGUAAAAUGGUUGUUGAUGGGAGACUUGUUUUGGUGGCAUGAGAGAAGCUUUGCUCAAGAGUAUGUCAAUGGAAGGAAUGUAUAGAGUAUGUGUCCUGCAUAUCGUGCAAGCUCUUCACCUCCAAAAUCAGUUUUGCCUUUGUGAGGCAGUAGAGGGUAGGCUAAGUUAAUAUUAAAAAUGCUGUUGCAUAUUAGCAAACUAGAUUUGGAAUAUGUAAGCUACUAAAUUUUGGAAUGUUUUGUUACACGUUGACAUUUGCGUGAGUGUUUUCUUGAUUAAAACAUAACCUGGAAA